AUGGCGAAUUACCAAUCCACCUGGUGGAAAUACCGCAAUCAUCAAAUUAGAGAGCUUAUAGCUUCUAAUCCUGAAGCUGAAGAUAUACCUACAGAGGAAGAUGUUGAGCUCUUCAAUGAUCUUGAUGAUAAGAUCCUACAUGAGCGUAACAAGUACGAGGGAACGGGAGACAUCGAACCCACUCCUCUAACAGAUGCGACGAAUAACCCAAUAUCUGCUUCAGAAAUUGAGUUUGUGCCACUUCUUCCAGAAUAUCCACGUACUCACCCAAAUGGGUAUGCAUACGUGGUUAAUCUCCGGCAUCUAUCUCUACAUGAGAGGAAACAUGCACUUAGGCUAGUCCAGUACGCUAGUUGCGGUGACGGCCCAAAGAGUGACAUUUACUGCUCUUUUCUUCAAUGCCAUGUUACUAAAAAAGCUUCAAACUGUUCUGGGGUGAAGUACUGUACUCACAUUGACGACUGUCUCCGUAACCUCUGCCAUACAGAGGUUAAUGAAGAGCUUGUGGCGCGUAUGUUCGCCAUAAAAAGGGACGCUCGAGAGUCCCACCAAUAUGGUCAACGGCAACGUGAAGCGGUAGCGUUCUACGAUGCUCUUCGAAAGUCUUUUUUAGAGCGAAAAGCUUGUAAGGAAGCAAACGCCACCUGCAAGAUGAUCUACGGAAAAUUCAGUCAUAAGAGUAUAACAGGUGACGAUAUGUCAUUUGUUCGUUGCUCUAAUUCCUUAGUGGAUAACCGCGCAGAUCACUACUUCACAAAUAUCUAUCAAAAACGGUUUACGCUAGAUAUGGGCCUUCUUUUAUCUCUUUUCGAAAAGGAGCAGCAUGAAGAUAUCCCAGAAGCGUGUACUAUUAUCUACCAACCCAGAACCCGAGCCCCUCAAUGCGAUGUCUCGCACCCAUUAGGACGCGGCGAUAUCAUACCUAGUUUUCCAAAGUGUGUAGUCAAAUUCCGUACCUUUAUCCCAAAGGACAUAGAGAAGCAUCCAUAUGCUAUCUUUUACUCUCGAGGGACACAUAACCACCCACCGCCGCCACCUAGUAAGCCACCGCACCAACUUAUGGAAGAGGUUUGGAACCUUUUUGCUCAGGGACAAAUGUCAGAUUCUACAGUUAGCGGAUUUCUUCGGGGUAAAGGGGCUCAGGAGCUCGCUGGGAACUACGGGGCUAAAACCCUCUCCGAACUACACCAAAGCUUUGCGAAUAGAGAGCGAUUCUCUGUGAUUCUUGCAAAAAGGCGAGCAAUUGACUAUCCAGAGGGUAGACAAUUAGACGGGGUUAAAUACCAGAUAGAGCACGAUCCUGAAGUGAAGCUCUAUAUACGCGAGGUCGUGGACAACGAGAAAGGUGUCUUUAUAUUUUGUGCGCUUGACGAACAGCUUCAUAUACUCGCUUCACUAGAGUCCUUUGAAGUUGACAUGUCAUACAAGCGAGUGAAAGGCAUUUUUAACGAAGUUAUCUUCGCCACCUUCGUCCCAGAGCAUGGAAAAAUCAUCACCUUAUUCCGAGUUUUUACAAAUCAGGAGACUACAAAAGCGUACCAUUUCAUUUUUGCAAUGGUAUUUAACCUCAUCGAGCGCUGUAUAGGCAAAAAGGUGAAGUUCCACUAUCUUCAUGGUAGUGGAAUAAAAUCUAUUGUUAGUGAUAUGUGCCCAAAACAGAUGACAGGACUUGGAAAAAUGCUCCAGGAGACUGACCGGGAGGUUAAUGACCGAGAUCUCGGCUGGAGAUGGCAUACUAUGAACGUUCUUAUCUUCUGUAAGAUCCACUUCAUGCGUACUAUCAAUAAAUUAGUGCCAGCAAGCCGGGAUCCAGAUGAUCUUUCGCAUAUUGAGGCCCGUAGUCGACUGAUUGGCUUAAUGGACUGCAAAAGUGUACCUGAUUUUCGGAAAUUAGCUAUGCUUAUCAAGGAACAUACGCCUGAGCUUGAGGGAUGUAUACGCCAUAAGCAGAUCGAUGUGAUUGCAGCUGGUAUUUGUAAAGCAUGCUCACCAAUGAAGCCUGAAUUCUUUGACAAUGCCCGGAAGCACACAAAUGCAGUGGAGCAAAGCCACUAUAAAUCCUACCAUAUGGGUACACAGGACACGCUACUUUCUGCAGUCAUGAAGAUCCUCGACAGAAUCGAUAUGGAUCAAUACCAUAACCGUGUUACUUUCGACAUUAAGCACUCCUAUCAUGCAGAUGAUAUGGAGUCACGGUUCAGAGCAAGUAUACGUCGGGAGGAAAAAAAACGACGAAAACACCACGCUAUUCAAGAAGAUGAUAUAGCCCCCGAAGAUGAGGAGCUUCAUGAAUUUAGCUCAUCGGGUCACCAUUCAAUUACCCGCGCAAAGUCUAAACGAGGCCGUGGGGCAAGUCGUGGGGCCAGUCGUGGGGCAAGUAGCUCACGAGGUCGUUCAAAAAGCCGUGCAAAGACACCUACCGUAUCUAAUCUUCGUCAUACUACGUCAGUUAAUGACAGCCAGGAUGAGAACAAUGAGAGUCUAGAAGAUCAGAGGAAACGGCUUCGAAAAUACAGAGAGGAUCUGGAACAACAAGAGAGACAGCUAGCAUUACGGGAACGGGCAAAUGUGUAG